GCUCUGAUGUCGGCAGGACUCGCCCAUUGUGCCACCCAGAUAAUUAUUCAACUAUGCAGCAUCCAUUGCACCUUUCCCAUUUUUCUUUUCCCCUUGCUACAGCAUGCCCCCUAGCUUCGAUACUCUGACACCUUCUCUUGCACUUGCGAUGAUGGACUGGAAUAAUGAUGAAAGGAAAGCAUAUCCGAUCUGAUCAUUCACAAACUGUCCUAUAACCGAGUAAUUAAUCUGCGGCUAGACUAGGUGAAUUGACACAGAGGUCUCAAGAUGCCAUUAGUGAAAAGAAACAUUGAUCCUAGGCACUUGUGCCACACAGCAUUGCCUAGAGGCAUUAAGAAUGAACUGGAAUGUGUAACCAAUAUUUCCUUGGCAAAUAUAAUUAGACAACUGAGUAGCUUAAGUAAAUAUGCUGAAGAUAUAUUUGGAGAAUUGUUCAAUGAAGCACAUAGUUUUUCCUUCAGAGUUAACUCUUUGCAAGAACGUGUGGACCGUUUAUCUGUUAGUGUUACACAGCUUGAUCCUAAAGAAGAAGAAUUGUCUUUGCAAGAUAUAACAAUGAGAAAAGCUUUCCGAAGUUCUACAAUUCAAGAUCAGCAGCUUUUUGACCGCAAGACUUUGCCUAUUCCGUUACAGGAGACGUAUGAUGUUUGUGAACAGCCUCCACCACUCAAUAUACUCACUCCAUAUAGAGAUGAUGGUAAAGAAGGUUUGAAAUUUUAUACUAAUCCUUCAUAUUUCUUUGAUCUGUGGAAAGAAAAAAUGUUGCAAGAUACAGAGGAUAAGAGGAAGGAAAAGAGGAAGCAGAAGCAGAAAAACCUAGAUCGUCCGCAUGAGCCAGAAAAAGUGCCAAGAGCACCACAUGACAGGAGGAGAGAAUGGCAGAAACUGGCCCAAGGUCCAGAGCUGGCUGAAGAUGAUGCUAAUCUCUUACAUAAGCAUAUCGAAGUUGCUAAUGGCCCAGCCUCUCAUUUUGAAACAAGACCUCAGACGUAUGUGGAUCAUAUGGAUGGAUCUUACUCACUUUCUGCCUUGCCAUUUAGUCAGAUGAGUGAGCUUCUGACUAGAGCUGAGGAAAGGGUCUUAGUCAGACCACAUGAACCACCUCCACCUCCACCAAUGCAUGGAGCAGGAGAUGCAAAACCCAUACCCACCUGUAUCAGUUCUGCUACAGGAUUGAUAGAAAAUCGCCCUCAGUCGCCAGCUACAGGCAGAACACCUGUGUUUGUGAGCCCUACUCCCCCACCUCCUCCACCACCUCUUCCAUCUGCCUUGUCAACUUCUUCAUUAAGAGCUUCAAUGACUUCUACUCCUCCCCCACCAGUACCUCCCCCACCUCCACCUCCAGCCACUGCUUUGCAAGCUCCAGCAGUACCACCACCUCCAGCUCCUCUUCAGAUUGCUCCUGGAGUUCUUCACCCAGCUCCUCCUCCAAUUGCACCUCCUCUAGUACAGCCCUCUCCACCAGUAGCUAGAGCUGCCCCAGUAUGUGAGACUGUACCAGUUCAUCCACUUCCACAAGGUGAAGUCCAGGGGCUGCCUCCACCCCCACCACCACCUCCUCUGCCUCCACCUGGCAUUCGACCAUCAUCACCUGUCACAGUUGCAGCUAUUGCUCAUCCUCCCCCUGGGCUACAUCCAACUCCAUCUACUGCCCCAGGUCCCCAUGUUCCAUUAAUGCCUCCAUCUCCUCCAUCACAAGUUAUACCUGCUUCUGAGCCAAAGCGUCAUCCAUCAACCCUACCUGUAAUCAGUGAUGCCAGGAGUGUACUACUGGAAGCAAUACGAAAAGGUAUUCAGCUACGCAAAGUAGAAGAGCAACGUGAACAGGAAGCUAAACAUGAACGCAUUGAAAAUGACGUUGCCACCAUCCUGUCUCGACGUAUUGCUGUGGAAUAUAGUGAUUCAGAAGAUGAUUCAGAAUUCGAUGAAGUUGAUUGGUUGGAGUAAGAAAAAUGCAUUGAUAAAUAUUACAAAACUGAAUGCAGAUGUCCUUUGUGGUGCUUGUUCUUUGAAAAUGUUUGAUCAUUCUAGUGUUUUGCUUUCUUUUCCUUAUAAUAACCCUUUGCCUCCAUAAUUUUUGAUUUCUAAGAAAAAUAUUAGCCUACAUUUCAAACUAAAUGUUUUACAGUGGCUUAUUUUACUUUUUUUUCCCUGAAAAGACAUAAUUUGGUCAACUAAACCACUAAGUAUUAAGCAUGGGCAGCUGUUGUUAGAUUAGCAGAUUCAGUUUCUUGAUAUAUCUUAAUUGUGCACUUUGUGAAUUUUAAUUUAAAGAAAGCAACUGAGAUUGAAAUCUUGAGGGCAGCUGUAUCUAUUAAUGAGCCUUAUUCCAUUUCCUGAUGUUUUUAAAGAAGAAACACUGCCUUGAUUAUAUGAAUACACUCAGAAAGUACUUUUAGCUUGUAGUGUUGAAUUCGCUUAAAGGAAUGCUUGAAUUUUUUAAUUAUUGUUUUAUUGUUUUUAAAUAUUUGCCUUAUUUGAAUGUUUAGCAGUACCUUCUUCCCACUUAUAUAUUGUGUGGUACAAUUUUGCUUGCCUAUAGGAGUUUAAAAAUUUUCCAUGUGAAAUACUCUGACUUAAACAUACAUGUAACUUACAUAUCUGUUAAGAAUAACAGUCUGAUUUAAUAAAUGGUUAAUUUUAAAGGUU